AGACUCCACCACCAAAGUCCAGAACAGCUCGAGCUCUGCAGCCACGGAACGCUUCCUUGCUAUCCAUACAUUACCCCAGCGCCGCAGUACCUGCUUCUAGAUACACUGGGCCUACCCCGCGAUGUGGGACGACGAGGACAACAACCCAUAUGGGUCCUUUGCCCGCCAUGAUUCCAACACCUCUGAUGUUACUGGGCUAGCCUCCCCUACUGCCUUGCCGUACCGACCAGCGACGCCGCCUUCCGAGACAUCGUCCCCCGCGCAAGAGUCGCCCGAAUAUGUCUCGCAGAGGGACAUGAGCGAUGUCGACUAUGACGAGGACCAGCAAAGCGGCGAUCCUGUUGCACCUAAGAAGGGCGGGUAUGAUGCGCGCGUGGAGCAAUGGCUGUACGAGAACCCAGGGCAACUCAUCCUCAUCACCGAGGCGGGGAAAGACAAUGUCAAUUUUAUCCAGUACACUAUCAAUUGCGGCGGCCUUGAAGUUAAGCGCAGGUACUCUGAAUUUGCUUCAUUGCGAGCGACACUGGUCAACCUACACCCUACCCUUAUCAUACCGCCGAUACCUGAGAAGCACUCGAUGGCAGACUAUGCCGCACGUCCUACAAAGGCGAAGGAAGACGCUGGUAUAAUAGAGCUGAGGAAGCGCAUGUUGGCUGUCUUCCUCAAUCGCUGCCGGGCCAUGAAGGAAGUGAUGGAGGACGGUGUCUUCUGGCGAUUCCUCGAUCCGCACACAAGCUGGAACGAGGUGUUGAGCAGUGCGCCAGUCGCCAACAUUCCCAAGCAGAUCUUGAAGGCUCCCCCACUGAACACCGCGAACCCUACUCAAGCGCACAGCUAUCUCCCCGUCCCAUCGUCCUCGGCGAAGCUGAAGUCUGCUGGAGCGACAUCCAGCUCAGGCACUCCCACAUCACCACCCAAUCACGCCGCACUACCCUCCGCCGCUGCGCAUACAAUACCUGGGCCGCAGGUCUUCGGUCGCUUUCCACCGGAGUCGCGGGAGCUGUCAGAAGAAGAGCUGGAUCCAUACUUUGUCAACUUCGAACAGUCCUCGAAGGAACUGGAAUAUCUGCUGCAGGGACCAAUGGAGAAGGUCAACAGGCGGUUGCUCACGCACUUGGGAGCUUGGGGUGAUGACAUGGCAGAGCUGGGCGCACGCUUCAACGCAUUCUCGCUGUCCGAACAAUCUCAGUCGCUUGCCGCAGCGAUAGAGAAGACAGGACAAGCAGUCGACUCCACCUACGUUUCAACUUCCGAACUAUCCUCUUCCCUCAGCGCAAGCUUCGCCGAACCCAUGCGCGAAAGCGCACAAUUUGCUGGUGUCGUUCGCACCGUCCUCAAAUACCGCAUACUCAAGCGGAUACAAGAAGACAUGACCAAAGACGAACUUGAGAAGAAGCGCAACCUCCUUGAAUCCCUCGAGCGCAGCGAAGCUGAGUCGAAGCGUUUGGAACAACACCUCAGCGGCGUCGGCCAAGUCCCGCCCACACGAAGUCGCGCGGCCUCACACAGCUCUCAACGAAGCGGCAACUCGGAGCCCAGACGGAGUGCGGAGGCAGAUAGAGCGUCGAUCGACUCGGACUUCCCGCCUACGCACGGCGAUGGAUCACCACCUUCAAGUCAUCAAGGUGCGCCAGACAGCCCGAAUGCGAGCGCAUAUUCGCCCCCGAGCAGCCCGCAUAAGAAGACAGCAAGUGGGAACUUUGUUACGAAUAAGCUGUUUGGGUCAAUCACACAUGCAUUCCGGGGUAUGGCGGAUGUCGAUCCUGAGAAGACAAGGAGAGAUCAGAUCGGGAAAACAAGAGACAGUCUGGUGCAGCUUGAGCAAGCCCUGGGUGUUGCAGAGAAGGACACUAAAGAUGCAAGCUCUGGCGUCAUGAAGGACUUGCGGAGAUUCCAAGAAGAGAAGGAGAACGAUUUGCGGCGGUACAUGAUGGAGUUCGCACAAUGCCAUAUCGACUGGGCACAGCGCAACAAGGCCGCGUGGGAGGAAGCGAGAGUGGAAGUCAACAACAUCCAGCACCCAGCAGACGAGUACCCGAGGAGCUCUAAUGAUAUGUAGAAGAAGCAGUAGAUGUAAUAGCUCGAUGAAGA